CUCCAGGUAUAGGACAGAGACCCUACAGGACGUAUUAAUCCUACAAUCUCUAGUCAAGGGUCCCCACUGACUGUACAGCUUUAUCCAGGUAUCCAUCAGAAGGGAGAAGGCAAGGUGCAGGGGUCUAGGCAUGACCCUACAAACCAGCCCAAGCGAGAGCGCUGUGUAUUCCCAGUUAAAACCAGUAAACAUGUCUGUGGAGGGUGUGGAAGACAGCGGUGUGUUUGAGGAUAUCAAACCUGCUAUAAGGAUGCUGGCAAGUCAGCCGGAGCUCAGCGAGCAUGAAAGAGCAGAAAUGGACAAGUAUCUCCUGAGCCAAGUUCCUCUGCAUAUUCUGUCUGACAAGAAGUAUCGGAGGGAAAGUGCCUCUGUUGUGGAUGAAUUCUUUGAAGCAGAGAAGCCACAGGCCCCGUACAGUGUAAACAUCAAUGUUAUCCUGCCUGAUACAGCUCAUCUUCGUACAGGUCUCUAUCGGCCAUCCAAGACUUUCACUGUUCUCCCUCAAGUGAAAACAGAGCCAGGCAGCAACUUUGCACAGCCAUGCUCUGCAUCCUUGACCCAGACUCUCCCAGAUUUCACAAGUGUGUUCAGUAUGCCCCACUCUGUUGCAGUUAAUAACAUUUUCAUCAAACAGGAGGCCCCUUCAGAAGUCCCUCUUUCAGCGCCUGCCUCUAUCCAACCUCAGGUCUAUCCUAUGUCCAUGGCCAAUGAAACGCUGAGCUUGGCCCAGUCUAGUGGAACCACAUCUGUAGUAAAUUCCAUCAGUGGAGUAACUAUGGCAACACACAAUGGCGGCCCCUCUCCUUUGCCCCAACCUGCAAGGAUUCAGCAAGUCAAGCAAUACCAGACCCUGGGGCAAGAUGUUGUUCCAGUUUCCGGGCAGUUUUAUCACUCUCCAGGUGUCUCGCUUCCACCUUCACCCCCAAAUUCACAACCAGGAAGCCCUGAAAAUCAGCCAGAGUUGAUGAACACAAUUUCACCCCCUCCAUCAUAUGAGGCCACAUUUGGACUGAAACUAGUGCAACCUCAACAUAUUCACACUGUGCCCAGCUCAAUGGUGUCUGUGCUACCACAAGGGCAGGUGAUCAUGACAGUACCCAAAUACAACAGACGGAAUAAUCCUGAACUCGAAAAGAGAAGAAUCCAUCACUGUGAUUUCCCAGGUUGCUCAAAAGUCUACACCAAGAGUUCACACCUCAAGGCACACCAACGGACACAUACAGGAGAGAAGCCAUAUAAAUGUGCCUGGGAGGGCUGUGACUGGCGCUUUGCCCGUUCGGACGAGUUGACGAGGCACUACCGCAAGCAUACAGGUGCCAAACCCUUCAAAUGUGCCGCCUGUGGGCGCUGCUUUUCUCGCUCCGACCACCUCGCUCUGCACAUGAAGAGGCAUCAAAACUAGACACUGUGUCUGCUGCGCAGUCAACAAGGCAGCUGUACCAAAGAACAAAAAUGCUCUAAGGAACAGAUGUGUUACCAACGUUAAACUGGUGGAGGCAGUGUGUGUGUGUGUGUGUGUGUGUGCGUGUGUGGUGUCUGCAUACAAUGUAUAAACACUCUAGAAAUUGCUUUAGAGGUGGUUUUUAUCACAACCAUAUUGCAACAUUUGGAUUGCCUUCACCUCAUAUCUUACAGCAAUGGAGAUACACAACCAACAAUAAACACUUACCUUGAGCUAACAAUUGUUUUUCCAUUGAGUGGAAGACUUUUCUAAUGAGUACAAAGCCUUGUCAGUGGAAGAAGCCACACAGCUUGUCCUCUUCAGGUUCUUCAUCUACAAAUAGCCAAUAACAAAGAACAUUGCCUUGGAUUUGUUUCCUUUCAAUGGACAGAAGCAAUGAUUACCCAGUUUCUCUAGAUUUACUUGUAUUAGAUAUACCAUGACCUGGAUGAAUGAAAAACCUUCAUAGACAAUGGACAGGCGCCUCAUCAGACACUUUCCUAUUGUUCCAAUGUCUUCCACAGAGUAAGGCUUCCAUCUGAUGGGUUACAUGACUUGAGUGGAUCCUAUGACAAGUGGCUUCACUCAAGGAACCCGCUGACACACACUGCAGUCCGUUCUUCCCCAUUCCGUGCACACGCUGUUCUGCAACUUGAUGAGAUUUUUUGUUGUGUAAAAAAUUUUUGAAACUGACUGUCACCUUGGCUUGUGACUUUUGAACUGCACUUCCAGUUCCGACAUGGCUCUGUGACAAUGAAUACAAUCAUCUGCAACAUGAACAAAAUGUUCUCUUUUCCUCCUAGGGGACUGGAAGAAGAUUUUUAGAAAAAAAGAAGCUGCAAAUUUGAGUAUUAAUUGUCUGGAACUUUGCUGGCCAAAGCACAUAAUGCAGUAUAUUGUGCCAUAUAGACUGUGUAGCUGUAUAUGAGUAUAUGAGGACAAGGAUCAGGCGAUCGGUUAUCCACACUUUAAUAUAUAUAUAUGGAUUUAUUUUCUACAACCAAUGCUGGGUAACGUGGCCCUUUAAUGGUUUAUAACCCCUACAGUGUAGCAGCCAAAGGAUCUAUGUAGAUUUGCACUGGUUUUAAAUGACAUUUUAAUGUAAACAAUAAGAUACUACUCAAUAAAAUGUUUGGUGCUCCUUAUGGUUGCAUCUUUCAUCCUGCCCUUUCGAUAUAUAUAUAUAUAUAUGUGUGGAAUUUUAUUUGGACCACCAAAUAGAUCUGCCUUCUUUUAUAUGAUACAUUCUCUACAACACACCAUGUUUAACAUGCACUCCAUUUAGGCCAUCUUCCUUGAUACAUACUUGUAAUUUUUUUUAUUUAAAAAAUCUAUCUUGUGGGCAUCAUCUUUUUAGACUCCCUUCAAACGCAAGCCCAUAUCUCUAUGCACUAAAAUAAAAACCUAGGACCUUCUUUUCAACCUCCCUAUACUAGACUGAUCUUAGUGGGUUCCACUGCAUCGCAAUUGGCUUUACUCUCUACAUAUUCUCUUGUUCUACUAAUGAUCUGUGUUUACUGAUGCUCAAUGACGUUCAACCUCUUUUGUUUGUAUAUAUAUUUUUUUACAGAUUGAAAUAAAAAUAUGUACAUUUUUUAAUACUUUAAAUAAAUAUACAAAUAAC